AUGUUGACAUCGAGGCAAUCGUACUUGCCGGUGCCAGGCAGCGCUACUCCUGGUGCCUCCAAUUUGAUAUCCCGGUUGAUACCCAGACGAAGAAGCUUGCUUUGCACAAUCAUCCUCGUCUUUUUCUUUGCAAAUGUAUUCUUGUGGGGUCCCGAUUUUGCGGGAGAGGAGCGAAUGCAGAGGUGGGGCGUAGACCAUUGGUCAGACUCGAUGCGCCCCUGGCUCGGACACAAGCCGCCGCCGGGCUCCGGUAAAGAAGUUGGCUUCCCUUCUGACCCAGUUGAAGAUGGCUCGUCCGCUCCUAUUAGUCCACUUAUCGUCGAUGACUUGGGCGGCUUGCCCCCUUCUGCAGAGUCAGACAAGCUCUACCUGGAGUCUAGCGCCUUUCCUCCGCAAUUAGCCAGCACCUUUACGGCUACCGAGUAUCCUGCUGGAUCAAAUCCGCACAGAGGCGAAAUUGCUGCUCACCUGUUGAGCGUGCUCGAAGCGCGCAGCAAAGCAGAGCGGAAAAGACCACCUCAUCCAGGCAAAGCACCCUGGGAGCCCACCGGAGACGUCUGGAACACUUGGAACAGACCAGACAAUGGGAGCAGGAGCACUCGAGCUGAUGCGAUGCGCCCUGCUCAGCAAGGAUUGGACGUGGAUUGGCGAGUGGGUCCUUUCGCGGGUUGGAGGCCGCCUCUGGCCGAAUUAACCAGCUUCUUAGAUUCCAAGCUUGGAAUCAAACCUCUACCGAGAGUGCAGCAUACAUUCCAGGCGCCUCAUAGACACAGCGGUGGUGACAACGACGAAGCGCGAGAGACGCUCAUAGCGGAGAGGCAGAAGCUGGUCAAGGCUGCAUUCUUGCACGCCUGGGAGGGGUACAAGACGUACGCGUGGGGUCAUGACGAGCUCAAGCCGGUGAGCAAGAAGCCAAACGACAACUUCAAUGGCUGGGGUGCUACGAUUGUAGACGCUUUGGGCACAUUACUCAUCAUGGAUCUACCUGAGGAGUACGAUCUAGCUCGACAGCACGUCCGAGACAUCGACUUUGGCCUUGUUGGGGGUUCACGCUCAGCGUAUGGCUCAUCCGAUGGGCGUGUACCAGUCUUUGAAACUUCCAUCCGAUAUCUCGGUGGCUUGCUCUCUGCCUACGACUUGUCAGGGGACGAGCUGAUGCUGGACAGAGCGGAAGAGCUCGCGCAGCUGCUUUCGCCCGCUUUCGAAACGCAUUCUGGCGUACCUAUCGGUCGUCUGCGGUUCGGCGAGCCUCCUUCUCACAGCGCUGGAAGCAGCGCGAUCCUGGCAGAGGCCGGAUCUAUGCUGCUCGAAUACACCAGACUUUGGCAGGUGACGGGUAACCGAACCUACUUUGAUAAGGUGCAGCGAACGACAGAUUGGCUGGAUAGGAAUAUGACCAAAGGCGCGGACAGAUUGGGAAGCCUGCUCCCCACUACUCUCUUUCCGGAGUCGAAGAAUUCGUACGGGUCCUAUUCUUUUGGCGGCAUGGCAGAUUCGUAUUACGAGUAUCUGAUCAAGGAGCAUCAGCUGCUCGGAGGGGCUCUGCAAUACGGCAGAAUGUAUGCGGAAACGAUCGACGACGCGAGGAAGCACCUCAUGCGCUCCAUCGGAGCUGUUCCGGCGGCGAGUAGCCUUCUGACGAUCGGUAUCAGUAAUGGGCACAGCUACACACCAAAGCUGGAGCAUCUGGCUUGCUUCUCCGGCGGGAUGCUUGGUCUCGGCUCCCGACUGCUGGGACGUGAGCGCGACUUGGCUAAUGGACGUCGCUUCACAGAGACGUGCUGGUGGUCCUACAAUGCGACCGCGACGGGCAUAGGGCCCGAAGAGCUUGUGUUCUAUAGUGACUCCGAUCCAGAUCGCUUCGAAUUCAUCUGGGAGAAGGAUGGCACGUCUAGACGGGGUAAGCCGAGAGGCAGCCCGAUGGUCGGUGUGCGGCACAUGAGCACCGAUUAUCGCAAUCGACCAGAAGUUAUUGAGAGCGUGCUAUACAUGUGGCGAAUCACUGGCGAUCCGAUCUGGCAGGAGAGAGGAUGGCAGAUGUUCUCAUCAUGGGUCACGCACUGCAUGACGGAUGCCGGAUUCUCUUCAAUCUACAAUGUGAAUGCUGUGCCAACGCAGAAGACCGACUCAAUGGAGAGCUUCAUGUUUGCAGAGGUAGCCAAGUACUACUAUCUGCUAUUCUCUCCGCCUGAUCUCAUAUCACUGGAUGACUACGUGUUCACUACAGAAGCACAUCCGCUGCUUCUUCCCAAGCGAGGUUCCUGGGGCGUGCCUGGCAAUGGCCCGCGCAAGCACUGGGACCCAGCAGCGGCGCACGUGCCGACAAAGGAGUCUGGCCUAUACUCGGGGGGCGAAGGUGGUCACGUUGGUGGCCUGACUUUCAAUCAAAAGACCAUCAUCGCCGAGAACUUUCGUAUGCAAGAGGAAGCUGAACAGCGGAAAGCGGAAGCGCUCGCGGCUGCAGCAGCGGCAAACAAUGAUCGUGCCCGCGCGCCUCCAGUCGGCAGGGCGCUCGAUUCUGGCAGCGACGCAGCGACAAGUAUCGGCGCAGCUAUUCGGAAGUUGCUGAGCAGUGCCGUAAAUAGCGCGAUAAGCACUGCGCCUGGCCUUUCAGGGACAGCAACAGAGCAACCGCCGUCAGGCUAUGGACAUGUCAAGCCAAUCGGAAAGGAAGGCAGUGCCAUGUUGGCACUUCUCGAGGGUGAGGAAGGCAAUGUCGAGCGAUGGGCAACGCUUCACGGGUCAAGCCAAGCCCACGAUCCCGCAAAAAUCCUGAUCCCAUCCUCAUCUUUACGCUUGCACGAGCCUCAGCCGGUCGUUGAUGACGAUGGUGACGAUGGUGCACAGAUCGUUCAAGCUGCAGAACAGAAAGCACACCACGAACCUCACGUGGACAAGCACGGUUUCCCUUGGGGACAUCCAGGAGCGAAGACGUCGGCCGAAGCUGUUAGAUUUGCAGAGCUGAUAGCUAGUGAACGCACUCAGCGAGCCAACCUCGUGAGCGCAAUACGAUCGCUGCAGGGAAUGUCCAGGAGUGUAGGCCGCAAGGAGGAGAUGGUGCAGCCGAUACCCGAGGUAGACGACCACGCACAGUGUAGAGUCGGUGAACAGCCAUCGGCCGAUGAGCAAGAGCAGUGGGUGAUUGUGGAUCAGUACGGCGAUCCAUUACUCGAAGUCGAUCUCUCAGAGACCCCGCGAGAUAAGCACCCGUCCGCGCCCGCUGGAGAGGUAGCCCCGCCGUUGCACGAAGUAGCGAAGCGAGACACAACUACCUACCAGUCAUCCGAGUAA